ACUAAAAAACGUCACCUGUCUCUCUCUUAGUUUCCCUGAAAUAUUCACUUCUCAAAGUGGUGCACAAAUUCAACUUUAAUUUUGAGAUCUGUGUAUCUCGAAUAGUCUUAAGGUUUUGUUCUUGAUUGUUAGAAAUAGUCAAGUGUUUGAAGUGGUAUCUUAUUUGCUGUAGAUCAUUUAACUUUAACUUUGUGUGUGGUAAGUAACCUGGCUUAGCGAGCUUAGCAGUUGGGCUCAUAGGGAAAAAUUGGGCAUGGCACCGCCUCGUCGAUAUGCGUUCGGAAGGCCCGAAGAGGCCACCCAUCCUGACUCCAUGAGAGCUACUUUGGCUGAAUUUAUCUCUACUUUUAUCUUCGUCUUCGCAGGCGAAGGCUCCCAGCUCGCUCUCCGGAAGUUAUAUGGUGUGGAAGCACCAGCAGGAGCCUCGUCUUUGAUUAUGAUAGCUUUGGCACAUGCAUUUGGGUUAUUCGCAGCUGUUGCAGCAAGCUUAAAUGUAUCAGGAGGGCAUGUUAACCCAGCUGUUACUUUUGGUGCCCUUGUUGGUGGCAGAGUCUCUUUUCUCCGUGCUAUCUUAUAUUGGAUAGCACAACUCUUGGGUGCAAUCGUCGCAGCUUUACUAUUGAGGCUCACUACUGAUGGCAUGAGGCCGAUGGGGCUUGGAGUGGCAUACGGGGAAGGUAACAUUAAUGCUUUGGUUCUAGAAAUAGUGAUGACAUUCGGUCUGGUGUACACAGUUUAUGCUACUGCCAUUGACCCAAAAAGAGGUAGCUUAGGAACCAUUGCACCUUUAGCCAUCGCGCUGGUUGUAGGGGCAAAUAUCCUCGUUGGUGGACCAUUUGACGGAGCAUCAAUGAACCCAGCAAGAGCAUUUGGACCGGCAUUGAUUGGAUGGAGAUGGAGGCAUCACUGGAUUUACUGGGUCGGUCCAUUGAUAGGAGGUGGGCUUGCAGGGCUUAUAUACGAGUUUAUUGUGAUUCCUACUGAGCCGCCUCAUGCUCAUCAACCGUUAGCACCAGAAGAUUACUAGUUAUGUCUUCAUAAAUAUGUAAACAAUGCAUAGUUCCUUUAUGUUCUCUAGGAGUGUUUGAUUUUGAAGUCUUAUGUGAGCGUUUUCUUAUUUUUCUUUUUGGUAUUUUGGUUGUGUGCAUUCUCUUUGUUAUGGGCAUGUUCUUAGAAGGCAUAUACUUUGAUAUGUUCUCUUAAAUAAAAUGUCUAAAUUGCCUUUUGUUUAA